AUGCGUACCAGCUUGUUCCUGUUCGUGAUUGUUGCUGCCAUCGCACUCAGUCUCACGGCAGCUGGAACCAACACUGCUCGUCGAUUGAAGGGUGCCACGGUAGAAGAGGAGCCAUUACGCGCCCAGGAUGAAGAGAGAGGAUGGCAAGACCUCGCUAGCAAGUUCAAGGCGGGACAACUUGAUGACGCUCUUGCGAAGAUGAAGGGUGGACAAGUUGACGACGCUGUCGCCGCCGCUGGCGGAAACAAGUUGCAGCAGGCGCUUGAAAAGAUGAAGGCUCAAAAGGCCUUGCAGAGUGCUGAGAAACUUGCUGAGACUACUACCGCGGGCAAGAAUGAAUGGCAGUCUGCACUCAACAAGCUUAAGGCAAAUAACUUCAAGAAUAUCGAUGACAUUAAGAUCCCCGCCGCCGAACAAAAUAGGUGGCAGGUGGCUGUGAGCAAGAUCCAGGCCGGCAAAUUUUCGAACCUUGACACUACUAACAACAGGUGGCAGAGUGCCUUCAACAAGCUCAAGGCUUCUGGCAAGCUCAAGAACGUCGACGAAGCGCAAGUCGCGAAAUUCACUGAAGGAGUGGCCCAGGAGAUUGCUAAGAACCCCGAGAAGUCGGGCAAGUUUGGGAAAAUCAUGCGGUUUGUGUUUGGUGCUGCACUGACGGGCCUGGUCGUGCUUGGUAUCGAUGCUAUGACUUCUACUUAG